CGUAGAGUGCACACGAAUAUCAUCUAAGCGCCUAGCGGACGGCGCGACGUUUCAUUAACCUACAAACGAAAUAAAAUGUAGUCAUUGACGUAAAUGUUGAUGAGUAGAAAAGUUUUUGUGAACUUGUAUUAAUGAUGAGCGAGGGUUUCCGAGUCGGUAGUAACUUUGUGAGUGUACUGCCAACUAUUAAGGAAUAUCGAGAGUUUUUUUCUUUUAAAGGUUGUGUUUAUAUUUGUGGUUGUGAGCGAUGUGUUUGAUUGUAAAAUUGGGAUGUUUCUUCCGCAUUACGAUCCCGGCACCGCCGACCGCAGUUGAACGAAUUGAUAGUUUAAUAGCAAAUAUUACUAGCAAUAGUCCGAAUGUAAUUUAUUAAUGUUAGUGUUAUUAUUAGCUAGAAAAUAUAACAAAAUGUAUAGUGAAGUGUGCAUACAAAGGACACUGAUCGCGUUCUUCCUACUAGCCGUGACGAAUGCGCCGUCGGCGACGCAAAACACAGUUAUUUCAGGGGUGGUAACAUCGCCUGUAGCCGCGACGGUGACGCGGGUGCCCGCCAUCGUCGGUGGCGAGGCAGACAUGCCCUGUGACAUCAGACCACCAAUGCACAACGACAGUCUACUUCUUGUAGUCUGGUACCGAGAUGAUAAUCCUGUGUACAGUUACGACACUCGAGUGCCAGGACCAUCAGCGCAUUGGGUGGACGAGGCCUAUAUUGGUCGAGCCCAUUGGCACAGCGCGCCCAAUGCUGGUCUCAAGAUGCUGGAGAUCAAAGGAAGAGAUCGCGCCAUCUACAGAUGUCGUGUGGACUUCCACGUGUCUCCCACCAGGAACUAUAAGAUCGCACUUGAUGUUAUCGAACUUCCAAGUAAACCUGUCAUCUUCGAUGAGUACGGGAAAGAAAUAUCGGGAACUGCGGGUCCCUACCACGAAGGAGGAGAAUUCAAGCUGAUAUGCUCCGUUAAAGGAGGUUACCCGACGCCUCGGAUUCAGUGGCUUCAUGAUGAUACCGUGCUAGCUACGUUGAGUGCUGGGGACUACUCGCCUCCUACAAGGUCUUUGACCUUGGUCAUCAGGAAUGCAACGAGGGCGCAUUUAGCAGCCCUGUAUACCUGCACUGCUGAUAAUACGUUAUUAGCUGCGCCACAGAAGACUACUGUGAAAAUUGAUUUGUUUUUAAAACCACUAGGAGUAGAAAUAAUUUCGAGGGAGCAGCCUCUGUCUGUCGGUAGGAAGUCAGAGCUGUGGUGUAAGACGAUGGGGGCGAGACCUCCAGCCACAAUCACAUGGUGGCUUGGUGGCAAAAAACUGGAAGCCAUCACUAAAGAUUCGGGUGUUGCGGAAGCGAACGAGACCGAAUCGUUACUACAAUGGAUGCCAUCAAAAGAUCAUAAUGGUCAAGUUCUUACGUGCAGAGCGGAACAUCCGAACUUCAACCAUUCUAGCAUUGAAAGCAAACUGCAGUUGAAUGUGUAUUAUAUGCCAGAAGCAAAGAUUCACCUUGGGGCUAAGAUGAACCCGAAUGACAUUGAGGAGGGUGAUGACGUGUACUUCGGCUGUAAGGUGGAUGCCAAUCCGCCUGCCUACAAAGUUGUUUGGGAACAUAAUGGUGUUCUACUGCAACACAAUCCUGCGAACGGUGUUAUACUGACGGGAAACACCAACCUGGCACUACGGAACGUGUCCAGACUUCAAGCAGGGCGCUAUACGUGUACCGCUUCCAACGUCGAAGGGGACGGCAAGUCGCCAUAUUUGCAUAUGCAAGUUGUUUAUAGACCAUUAUGCCAAAGAAAAGAGAUGAAGAUAAUAGGAGCAGCUUUACAAGAACCUACAACAGUCACGUGUGAAGUCGAUGCCUUUCCACCACCAGAUACCUUCGAGUGGACCCUUAAUAACUCAGCGGGUUCCAUCAAAGUUGAUCCUGAUCGGUUCACAGUAGAAGGAAAGGAGGGCAAGUCUCUACUGACGUAUACACCGGUGUCCGAUGUCGACUACGGGACGUUAUCGUGUCGAGCAACGAACUUGGCUGGGCAGCAAGUGACGCCGUGUGUUUACACACUGCUGCCGGCGACGAGGCCGGAUCCGCCCACCAAUUGUACUGUGUACAACCUGACUGAUGAUUCGCUGGAUCUUAUGUGUUUACCAGGUUACGAAGGUGGUCUCCAAUGCGUCUACGUGGUCGAAGUAUGGGCUGCCGAAGGAUUAGUAGUCAACGCGAGCAAUGGCGGUGCAUUAUGGAAUCUAAGAAGACUUGGAGCUAACAGGCAGUUGAGGUUAAUAGUGUACGCAGCUAAUGCACGAGGACGAUCAGAACAUGUUGCCUUUCCUGUUGAAACUGCAGUUAGAUUGGCUCCGAGGACUGAACCACAAGAAGCAUGGGAAGUGAAUUGGGCAGUCGGCGUGUUUCUCGGUGCUGCGUUGACCAUCGCUUUUGUUCUAUGCCUUGCUCUCAUCGCAACGAAAGUACGACAGAGAUCACGGGAUUAUGAAGUAACGCUUCCAUCAAUAAAGAACCAGAAAGUGAUCGUGCAGAAGAGGAAUUCCCCUCAAAAUGCUGAUGACAAGAACCCUGAUCUUAUUCCGUUAAGCAAAGGUGUUACAGAGGCUACACCCGAUCCUCCCUUGUACUCUGCAAUUGCUCAACCAAAAAAUUCAAACAGCGCGCACAGCUUGCAACGUACACAGACGCCGGUGACGCCAAUCUCAUCACACGCACACUAUACUGAUAUGCAGAAUGAUUCCGGUCGAGGUAUGAUCAACGGUGCAAUGAGGUCACAUCGAGAAAUUGUCACCACAAGGACACCGUUGUUAGCGGCGCAUCAAGAAAGCUGUGUAUAAAUGCCAUAUCCAUUUUUAUUUCAUAACCAAGUCGUCGGGGAUAGUGCAAAUCCGCGAAUCUAACAUACGUAAAUGCCGCGUAUCCGCAAUCUGCAAUAGGUCCAGUUUCACAAGGAAGGUUAAAACUUAACAAUUUUAUUAGUUCAAUGAAUUUGAAGCUCAUUUUUACAUAAUAAAAAUGAGUCGCAAUGAACUCGUGUCGAGGUGGUGGCACCCAAUUAAGAUUCUGCGUGAUAUUUCCACGACAAUUAGAAUUAGUUACAUUUGUCAGAUACGCGGAAUUAUCCAAUGCUAGUUCCGCGGAUUUGGCACUAUCUCCGACGAAAUUCUUGUAAAUGUGAAAAAAAUAAUAUUAAAGUUGAUAUUGUUAUCUUAUUUUAAAUCGAUUCGCAAUAACAGUAAUGCGUUCUAGCAGUUAUAAAAAUAAGACAAUGACUGAUGAACAAUUAUUAAGUAAAUAAAAAGAUAAUUAUUAGAAAAAUUAUUGAAUAAAUUGUUUUAAUGAUAAUAUUAGUUAGAUACUCUUUAAGAGAAUGAUGGACGGCUCUAAGCUCCUUUAGGAUACAUAGACCUAAGUACCAAUCUGUAAAUAUAAUAUUACAUAUAAAAAUUGUGUUUCGAUAUUCACAUAUGGAAUUUCAUUUCGCAAUGCACUAAUAGAAGAUUUAAAUGUAAUUAUUACAAUAAAUAAAAUGUAAAAAGUUAAUGUCAUAUAAGUGUCA